AUGAUCGAGCUUGACCAUGACGAUGCAACUCUGUCGGACUCCCUCAAUGCCGAGCAGAGGGCCGCCUAUGAUAAGAUUCUAUCUGCUGUUGACAGUGACGAGGGCGGCAUGUUUUUCGUGGAUGGACCAGGAGGGACAGGGAAGACUUUCUUGUACAAGGCGUUGCUCGCAACAAUACACAUGCAGCAGAAGAUUGUCGUGGCAACAACUACAUCCAGUGUUGCAGCUUCCAUAAUGCCUGGAGGAAGAACCGCGCACUCGCGCUUCAAGAUACCACUCAGUGUUGACGAUGGUGCGUUCUGUAGCUUCACAAAACAGAGUGGAACUGCCAAGCUUCUGCGGAUGGCUUCACUCAUUAUUUGGGACGAAGCCUCCAUAACUAAGAGAUAG